AUGAACCAAAUUUUGACGCCCACAAUUCCAUUGAGGGUCCCUUAACACAUGUUUUAAACAAAAGGGAAAAAUAAUAAAAAAGGCAAAAUAAAAACAAAGAACCGCUGCUUAGCGCGGACUUUUUAGAGCUGGUAAGAAGCCCUUAUGUGCCCUCUUUGUAUUGGUCGAUUCCUUCAUCUUCUCUCCAUACUCUUCGAUCCCUUCCUCUGAUCUCCACCGUUCCGUCUCCAAUCUUCGAUUUCGAUUGUCAGCACCGCCGUGAGAUUGCAUGCACCUGAGACUUCGCUGAACUCCCCACUUCAAUGAUUCACUUUGUUUCUUGGUUCUUGCAUCUUGCAUCUUGUAUAACAAUCUCUAACUUAAGGGAGUCAAUUCUCGUGAUUCGCCUCCUCUUACUCUUUCCUCUUCUUCUUCUCUCUCAGGUGUUGGGAGAAUCUGAAUCUACCAGAGAAGGUAAUGCUCAAGAGAUACAUUGUUCUCGAGAAAGAAGCCGAGCAGCUUGGCAGAUUAUACAAGAUGUGGAGCGAAGACAUAAACUUGUGGAGUUGGACAUAAAGCUUGUGGAGCAAUCAAAUGUCAUUGAUGUGCCUGGUUUGUCUUAUAGAAACAUCCAUUCCAUUGCCUCAACUGCUAUUGGAGAGAUGGUAAUUUCAUUCACUCACUCCCCUCUUUUGUUACCUCUUCCAUGUUUGUUUAAAAUUUCUAAUUAUAAAUUUGUAUUUCUAUUUUAAUAUGUUUUUAUGUUA